UUUUCAAUUAUUUAUCGUCCCCCAAAGUGAGUGGGGUACUUUGGACCCCGUGUGACUAUUACGUCAGAAACUUGAGGUGUAACUAGUAAGGGUUAAAAAAAUAGGUACAAGUCUACCGAAAGUGAAGACAAGAGCUAUUACGUAUAAUUAUCACCGGCCCCGUUGCCAAACACACAGCACCGACGUGAAAUUUUCGAUCUAAGGUCUGGAAGAAGAAAAAGACAUUGCAAAAGAUGUGUGCUUUCGCAUUGAAAUAUUCAUCGAAUUACUACAAAAACUUCGACGUGUAACGAGACGAGUCUCCCAAAAAUUAGCAAUUGAAGCUUGUCCUUUCUCGACGAACAAUUCGAGAUGUUCCCUUUCGAUAGGAUCCAUUUAGAAGCUUCUAAAACGGUGGGAAUUUAUGUCAUGUUGACUUCGGGAUUCGGUUUAUGGCCGCUUCAUGAAAACACUUUGCUCCUUAGAACCAUUUGGCUUGUAUCGUCCUUCGAGAUGAUUUUGAUGACGAGCGGCGGUAUAUACGAAUUGUACUUUAAUUAUGAUUUUGGGGAACGCAGUGUGGACACGUUACUGACAAUAGCCUUUGCUUUCACAUCACUCAUGAAAUUGAUAUUCUACUUUAUAAAGCGAGAUUAUUUACGAUCAAAUAUCGAGUCAGCUAUCGAAGAUUGGUCAUCAACGGAAGCGACUCAAGUUGAUUCGAUAACACGAAAAUAUAAAAAAAUUUAUGAGAUGGCAAUAAAAUCGUAUCUAACUAUUGGAGGAAUGUCAGUCGGGAUGUACUUUUUGAGGAAAUAUUUCUUUGAUCAAGAUAUCAUCGUGGAAGUAACGACCUGGGAUGAGGAACUACAAAUGGAAACAACAAUGAAUGUGACGAAACAAAGAUUUCUAUUUCCUACGAUUUUUAUAUCCAGCAACGUCUCUCCAACUUUUCGCAACUUACUAAAUAUCAAUAAUUUGCUUCAAUCUGUCAUUUGCGUUGGUACGAACGUAGGAUCUGACUGCUUUUUCAUGACGAUCACGUAUCAUCUUUGCGGCCAAUUUCAAAUCCUCAAAAAUCGAUUCGCCAGCUUCGAAAAAGUUCAGAGUGAGGAGAAAACGAAGUGCGAAUUUGGUUUCCUCGUUGACAGACAACAACGUCUCUUGGUGCUUACCAAAUCUAUCGAGACUUCACAAAACAUCAUUAUGUUUUUUCUUGUUUUCACUAAUCUCAUUCUCUUCAAUGCCGCAGGCAUCCAAUUCCUGAUAUCUAUAAAAAAAAACGAAAAGUACAAUGCCAUUCCCCAUUUUGUGGUAAUAACGUAUACUCUCGCGCAAACAUUUAUCUACGCCUGCAUCAGCGAAGACCUGAGCGACGAAAUCGAACAUGUUAGCCGAUCAAUUUACGAGAGUAAUUGGCAAUCGCUGCCAAACAGUAUGGCGAGAGAUGUGUAUUUUCUUAUGAUAUUAUCGCACACCACCGUUUAUUUGACCGGUGGUAAAUUGUUUCCAAUGAAAAAAACGACUUUUACACAAUUUUUCAAAACUUCGGUCUCUUACUUAUCAGUGUUCAAUGCGAUGAUUGAUCAAUAUCUGUAAUCUGUUUCAUAUUCCUCCGACAGUAACGAUUGCCACAAUUAAUUCGACACAGCUGGAAUUGAAUAAUCUCGAGUGAACGAUUAACAGUAUUUUUCAAAGCCAGUAACUGAUGUGAAUAAAAUACAAAAAAAAACCAGUCGUU